UCCGUACCAAGUUUGCGCAACUGUACUAUGCCGGCUGGACGCAUCCACAAGACGGAUUUGCACGCUACCAAAUGGGUUGAGGUUUGGUCUCGUUGGUUACCCAUCUCGGUUUCCUACCUUCUCAAUUUCCUGCCCUACCACCCAUCCACCGUCCACGCACGCACGCCGUCCACGUACCUUCUGCAUCACCGCCAUGUCCGCCGCUCCCCGGCCGCCCAUCUUUCGACUUCCAAUCGAGCUGCGCAACAUCAUCUAUAAGUACUAUGCUCGCGUUGAUGGAGGGUAUACACACAAUUUUGCCACGAACAAACUCGUCAAAGCCGACGGUCAAUGCAUCGAUUUUGCCUUAAAUAUGACAUGUCGCCAAAUCGCCGCCGAAAUGCGGAGUCUCAAUGUGCUUUCGCUCAAUAACAUCACCUUUCGAACUCACCACUCCAAAGAAACAGAUGAGACUGCAGCGCAUUUACACAGUAGCCUUAGCACAGUUCAAGGUGCUAAGGCUCGAUUGCUUGACGCCAUGGCACCCCGCUUCCUCACCCCAGAUCUGUCAGAGGCUAUUGCCGCAAGGUAUCCUCGUCUUCAGCCCUUAUUGGACGGUUGGCGCUCUGAUCCUCCGCUUUCGUUGGCUAGGUACUCCAUGUUGCUGCAGGAUCCUAGGCACUCCUGGGGGGAGGCCCCCUCAUUGUGGAACGAAUUCGUAGACUACACUCUCAAGCUUCUCUCCGAGCUUCCGAACUUCCCCCAUGAACCUCAAAGCAUAUGGUGGGGCAUGUGGAAUGAUUACGACGCCGCAAGACUGAUCAACAUGCAGCUACCUCCCCCAUGGGCUAUUCUUGGGGUGGAAGAGGCCCGCCAACUACAGGCCAAUGUGGCGUCGGCCACAGGAAUACACGGUUAUAGGCACUCAGACUCCGCUAGGAACCCCGAUAAAUCCUUGAAGUAUACAUACUCUGCCGCGUCAUUGGCUAUCCGAUUUCUGGAAUCAAUUCCCCAUACUACCCGGGGCCACAUCAGACAUGUGCUUCUAGACGAAGAUCAAGAGUCCAUCGCACACGCUCCAUGCCACAUCCAAGGACUUAUUCCAUUUUGCCGCUCAAACCCGCGAAUGACCAUCAAACGCCAAGUCAAUUUGUGGACAACCUGCCUAUACGUUGAUGACCCGGGUUUCAAUGCCCAUUACAAAGGGAACAAGAUUACCUGGGCAAUAGGAUCCUGGUUAGUGGAGGCAUUGAGAUUAACAACACUCGGCAUGCCCCGAAGUUCAUUCCAGCUUUUUCUUGACGGCGCGCCGCUUCCAGAGCUAGCACAUAAAGUCUUCGUGCAGGUGGCUGCUAAUGCUGUAUAUCAUGCAGCAACGAAUAUCUUGUACAAUCGCGGCACAUUCUCCCGCCCGUCGUGGGCGAUGCAUCGUAUGCGUGGCAACUAUUGUUGGGAGGAUCUUCCGCAGAUUUACCAGGAUUUAACGGAUGGAAAGCUUUCAUAUCUCAUCUCCACUAGUCACGACAUCUUUUCGUACUGGACCCCUGAACGCGAAAUCGAAGAACGUGGAGCCGUUUCCCACGAGCGAUGGUUAGCAGGAUGGUGGAGUGGCAUGUUCUCACGAUUUCACACCAAAGCACCAUUGGCUCCCGUCGACCAACUUCGACCCGGAAGCUUAUCCAGUUUCGAAGCUACCUCGUUCCAAUGGAAAGAACAUGUCCCAGAUUGGCUUUCAUUGUAUAAUCUUCCUGAUGGGACAGAAAACCACCUCGACGGAUUUUAG